AUGGGCGUGUGGGGAUGCUCUAGAAUUUUUGAUGGCGGAAGUGAGGCCUUGCCGCCCGGCGGUGAAUCCUCGGCAAAUGGCCCGUGCGCGCCGCCUUCGUCCUUGGUCGUGCUCCGAUCGCCGCCGCGCGCUUGCGUUUUCUCGAGCACGAGCGUCAUCCUACUCUUCCUCUUCCAAGCUCUCACAGAGCCAGCAACAGCAAUCCAGUUCUCCGCUUUCCGCGCCCCGCGUCUGCUCUGCUUUCUCCCUCUACCGGCACCCAGGGCCCUCCGUCAUGUUCUCGACAUAGCAACAAUGAGUCGCCAUGUAGCCGCUCGGGUCGGCGGAAGAACCUUGCUGUCUGCCGCCGACCUGCCCAUGUGCUUCCCGCACCCGCUCUGUGCCGCACGUCUCGUGAGCGCGAGUCUGCUUUCCUCUCGCCAAUUUUCACACAGAGCGCCUUCUGCGCUUUCCCAACUGUUCUCCGCGCCUCCAAACUCACCAUCAAUCACUACGACGUCAUUGCUAGGUUUCGGGUCCCCAGCGAGUAGCUUCCCUACCGCGACGCGAAGACCGCAAGUCGGCGGCAUCAUACUCCAAUGCGCAACUGCGGCAUGGAAACGGUCCGCACACACCACAGCGCGGAGACGGCGAGGAAUCUUGAACAGGCGAAACAAGAGCUCGGCCAGUAAUGGCUCGAGUACACGCGCGAGCGCAAGCAAUUCUGCUGCAAAGCCUGAAGCGUCAAAAUCCCCGGAUUCUGACAAGUCGGCCGAGUCCGCGAAUGCUGCCGCUGGAGCUGAGACGGGGAAGCAUUUCAUGAAUCGUCUUCCCCACCUUCCCCACCGACCCACGAAGGAGGAGCUGCUCGCUGCCGCCACCGGCGCAUGGGCUCGGUUCAAGGUCCAUUUCAAGUGGUUUUCUAUUAGAAGCGGACGAAAGUUUAACAUGGACGACAUCAGUGCCUUUUUCUCCUGGAUCCUUUUGGGCCACCUCGCCUGGAUUAUCAUUGGUACGACUACAUUUUUCUCCAUGUGCAUCUUUCUGGUAAACACCGUCUUCGCGCAAGAGACCUUGGCCGGGACUGUAGGAAACUACCUCACCAAGUCGUCUGGUAUUCAAGUCGUUUUCGAGUCUGCCAUCAUUCCCAAGUGGGGGGAUGGUGUCAUUACAUUCAAGAACGUCUUCGUGUCCAGACGACCAGGUCGAGGCCAAGGGAAUGUCAGCAAGGGCUCCCGAGACUUCGCCGCCGCAGCCGCAGCUGUGGCUAAGCCAAAGGACCCCAGUGUCGACGAUUCGAUUGCCGAAGAGGAAGACGGGAACUACACCCAGUUCGACCUUACGAUCAACACGGUGAACGUGACCUUGUCAUUCACUAAAUGGUUCAAUGGAAAGGGACUUCUGCGGGACGUCGAGAUCAAAGGCAUCCGUGGCGUCGUAGAUCGAACUCAUCUGAUUACUCCAGAUGAGUACAUUGAUCCGAGGUCGUACAAGCACGAGCACCAGCCUGGCGACUUUGAGCUGGAUUCGUUUAAGAUGGAUGAUCUGCUCGUUACCGUUUACCAGACAGGUGGAUUCAGACCUUUCCCAGUCAGCAUCUACUCUUGUGAUCUGCCUCAGCUGAGAAAGCAAUGGCUCUUCUACGACUUCCUAUCCGCGAACAACAUGUCUGGGUCAAUCGACAACUCUCUUUUCACAAUCCAUCCCCGACAAACCCACAAUUAUGCUAGUGCACCGCUAGCUGAUGACUCCGAAGGCGGCCCAAACCAAUGGAAGAAGCAUAGCCGCAUGAGGAUCGACGGGCUCAACAUUGACCACCUUAACCGUGGUGUCGAAGGUCCUUUUGGCUGGAUCCAUGAAGGCAACGUGGACAUUGUAGCUGAUAUUAUGUUCCCCGCGGAUGAUGAAGAGGGCAUUGCAAAAGUAAUGUCCGAUUUUUACGAUCGGAUGGAGGCGACUGUUUCGGCUCACGGCAAUCGAUUCGGCGGAGACUUCCACGGGACGGUGUCCAGAACCAAUGCGUCCGAGGCGGAUUCCGUGGAGGCUGAGAAUGAGAAUGACAAGCGGUUCUUGGUCAUGGACAUGCGUGUUCAGUUCAACGACGUCCGCGCCGCGGUACCGCUCUUCACCAGCGACAUUUCUUACGUCAACAACGCCUUAAUUCGCCCUAUUGUGGCGUAUAUCAACUCGAAACGAACAUUCAUCCCUGUCAAUUGCCGCGUCGUGAAGCGCGCCAGCGAGUUCGACGGUUCCUGGACCAUCUAUGACAGUGGUCUCAUGGAUGAUCUUUCCCGCGAGCUCUACGAGGCUUUUGCCCGCGACAUCAACGAUGAUCGUCAGACACGCGCACGCCGCUUUAAGAAGGUGGGCAUCUGGACUCUCCAGCUGGCCGCACAAGCACUCUUCCUCGGGCUAGCGGGUAAUAUCGCCUAG